GACCAACCUAACCAAACCAAUGACAUUCAUCGCGGUGAAAACCAAUGGAAACGAUUCAGUAUCACAGGCAGAGGAAGCAAGAAAGGGCGAGAACCUUGAUGCCAAGACCGACACGGAAGCAGGGGCCGCCAACCCCGAUUCAGCCUGCUCAACCGACGACACAACUCCUUUCUCGAUUUACACAAAACGACAAAAGUUAUGCAUCAUACUUUUGGUGUCCUUUGCAGCGACCUUCUCAGGCUUCGCGUCGAACAUCUAUUUUCCCUCCAUUCCGACAAUCGCAUCUGAUCUUUCGUCCUCGAUCGAGUUGAUCAACCUGACCGUGACUGGAUAUCUCAUCUUCCAAGGGCUCUCACCUACAUUGUGGGGCGCCGUCUCAGAUACUUAUGGCAGGCGGAUUACCUACAUAUGCACCUUCGUCAUAUUCAUCGCUGCUUGUAUUGGCUUAGCAGAGACAAAGAACUAUGCUCAGCUGUUGGUCCUGCGAUGCUUGCAAAGCACAGGCAGCGCCAGUACCAUUGCCAUAGGUGCAGGGGUCGUCGGUGAUGUUACGACUAGAGAAGAACGAGGAGGGUACAUGGGAUACUUUCAAGCUGGACUUCUGCUGCCCGUCGCGUUCGGACCUUUGAUCGGAGGAGCAUUGGCGAGUUCGCUUGGAUGGCGGGCUAUCUUCUGGUUUCUGGCCAUCUACGCGAUAACAUUUUUGGUCGUACUUGUUGCUCUUUUGCCCGAGACACUGAGGUCGCUCGUUGGCAAUGGCUCUGUUAUGCCGCCAAAAUACGCAGUCUCUUUGGUCUCGGUGUUCAUCCGCAAACAAGGCGUGGAGCCAGCAGGCGGCAGCAUGACAUCCAGAAAGUCGAUCAACGUGCUUGGAAGUAUCGCCAUUCUGGUAGAACGUCGAGCGAUUAUAAGCAUUACCUUUGUCGGCGUAUACUAUAUGGUCUGGCAGAUGCUGGUCACGGCACUCUCAUCCAUCUUUCAGGAGACCUAUAAUAUGUCUGAUCUCCAGGUCGGUCUGGUCUACCUCGCCAAUGGUGUAGGAUGUAUCCUAGGAACUCUCACGACAGGCAAACUAUUGGACGCAGACUAUCGCCGAUGGAAGAAGCGCUUUGCUCAAUCGGACAUGAGAUUUUCGAUAGAGAGGGUUCGAUUGCGGAUGAUUCUCUUCUAUGGGCCUGUUCAAUGUGUUGCCGUUCUGGUGUUUGGCUGGGUCGUAGACAAAGAAGUCCAUGUUUCUGUGUCUAUCACCUGCCUAUUUUUCGUCGGAUGGGCAGCCACUUCGAUCCAAAGCAUUGUUUCGACCUUUCUGAUUGACUAGGAGCUGGCGGCACCGCUGCAGUAUCGCCGUGUAUUCGUGCCAUCGGGGUAGGCUGGACUUUUACCAUAUUCGCUGGGAUCAUGGUGUUAGGUGGAGCUUUGAUGGGUCUCCAUUUCGCUUUUGGUUUCGAGCGUACAAAGUCCGCCACGUAGCUACAGCGACGAAUCGAUUCAAUAUCAGUGAUAUCUCUCGAGAACUAUUUUUGCACGAACGUAGCAUGGGCCUCGUCGACACUUUACUUCUGUUCAUCAGGCCAGAUGAAAACAUCGG